UCCGCAGCGCCAUUUUUGAUGCUGCGGGUUUGGUGUCGAGUUCACCUGGAGACCUGGUCUGGAAGAAGAAGAAGAAGAAGAAAAUGAACGUUAUCGACCAUGUCCGAGAUAUGGUGGCCGCUGGCCUGUACUCCAAUGUGAGACUGCUGAGCAGCCUGUUAUUGACCAUGAGCGACAAUAAUCCAGAAUUAUUCUCACCAGUGCAGAAGUAUCAGCUACUUGUCUACCAUGCAGAUUCUCUCUUUCAUGAUAAGGAAUAUCGUAAUGCUGAAUCUAAAUAUAAAAUUGCUUUACAACAGAAGAAAGCUCUAAGUAAGACAACUAAAGUGAGACCAGCUGGUGGGGGCACCCCCUCAACUCCACAAACACAGGGAUGUCAACAGAGAGCCAGAAAAGUUUCAGAAUGUCUGCCUUCAGAGAUUGAAGUUAAGUAUAAAAUGGCUGAAUGCUAUACAAUGCUGCGUCAAGAAAGGGAUGCAGUUGCAAUACUGGACACCAUAUCCACUAGGCAGCGCACUCCAAAGAUUAAUAUGAUGUUGGCAAACCUGUAUAAGAAAGCUGGACAGGAAAGGUCAGCAGUCACCAGUUAUAAGGAAGUAUUACGACAGUGUCCCCUGGCUUUGGAUGCAAUACUAGGUCUCCUGUCUCUUUCAGUGAAGGGUGCAGAGGUAGCAUCUCUGACUAUGAAUGUGAUUCAGAGUAUUCCAAAUCUAGACUGGCUAUCUGUUUGGAUCAAGGCAUAUGCUUUUGUUCACACUGGUGACAACACCAGAGCAAUCAAUACUAUCUGCUCCCUGGAGAAAAAGUCAUUAUUGCGGGAUAAUGUGGAUUUAAUGGGAAGCCUAGCAGACUUGUAUUUUAGAGUGGGUGACAACAAAAAUGCAAUCUUAAAGUUUGAGCAGGCUCAGAUGCUGGAUCCAUAUAUAAUUAAGGGAAUGGAUGUAUAUGGGUACCUUUUGGCAGGUGAGGGUCGACUAGAGGAUGUCGAAAAUUUAGGUGGACGUUUAUUCAACAUUUCUGAUCAGCAUGCAGAACCAUGGGUUGUGUCGGGGUAUCAGUGUUUGUACAGCAAACGAUAUUCACGUGCGCUGUAUCUGGGGGCAAAAGCAAUUCAGCUGAAUAGCAACAGUGUACAAGCCUUACUAUUAAAAGGUGCAGCUUUGCGAGCCCUAGGCAGAAUCCAGGAAGCUAUCAUACAUUUCCGAGAAGCAAUGCGCCUUGCUCCUUGCCGAAUGGAUUGCUAUGAGGGUCUAGUUGAAUGCUAUUUGGCUUCAAACAGCAUACGUGAAGCAAUGGUGAUGGCGAAUAAUGUUUUCAAAACACUCGGUCCAAAUGCCCAGACCUUGACCCUUUUUGCCACUGUAUGCUUGGAAGACCCAAUGACGCAAGAGAAAGCAAGGACACUGCUGGAUAAAGCUCUGGCACAGAAAUCAGAUUACCUGAAAGCAGUAGUGAAAAAGGCAGAGCUUUUGAGUCGAGAACAGAAGUAUGAAGAAGGUAUAGCUCUUCUGAGAAAUGCACUGGCAAAUCAGAGUGUUUGUGUUCUACAUCGGAUGCUUGGAGAUUUUCUCGUAGCUGUAAGUGAUUACCAGGAAGCAAUGGACCAGUACAGCAUUGCAUUAAGUAUGGAUCCCAAUGAUCAGAAGUCUUUAGAGGGAAUGCAGAAGAUGGAGAAGGAAGAAAGUCAGACUGAGGCAGCACAAGAGGAGGAUGUGGACGACAUGGAAGGUAGUGGAGAAGAAGGGGACCUGGAGGGAAGCGAUAGCGAGACUGCACAGUGGGCAGAUCAAGAACAGUGGUUUGGCAUGCAGUGAAAAAAACAUUGAAAUCCUCACAAAUAAUUACUUGUAGGCCUUUUCAAAUGAACUGACACGUUUGGAAUCCGUGCUUCUGCUAUUACCCAAAUGGGUCGGAUUUUAUAAGUAAUAAUCAUUGAUUCACAAUACAGAGGAAAAUACAUCGUUCAGAAUUUCAACUUUUAUUUCACAAGGUACAUUUCUACUGUGACCAUACACCUUUGUACAGAUUUGAUUUUAUUGCUUUACAAAAGCCCUUUCCUCUCCCCAUAAUGUUAAUCCAGACCAGUUAACUGAUGUAGUGACAUUGGAAUGGGCUUGUGUGAAAUAUUUUUGAUGCUGAGUGUUGUUUAUAAUUUACAUAUUUCAGUUUGAGAAUGUUCAUCUUUCAAAUUGAUGAAAGCAACAAAGUGAGCCUAAUGUUUCAGAUGAAGGGAUUACUUCAAUUCACGUUAAACAAAGCUCUGGAUGCUGAAAUAAGCAUUUUAAUUCACGAAAGCUUUAAAAUUUAAUGUGGGAUGGCCAAGAAAGGGAUAUUUUUUAAAAAUUGUGAAUCCUGAAGCUAAAUUUUAAACAGCAAGUGAUGGAUUUCUUAUUACUGUUGUGUUCAGAGAUUUGAAAUGUUGACCACCAUCAGUUUUAUUUUGAAUUGUUCUCCCUCUUCCAGUGGACUUUCCCAUUGACACCACUAUUUUUUCAACAUCAAACCCAGUGGAAUAGAUUUUCAGCUGCUAAAUUCCCAGAUCCAUUUGAGUUUUACAUUACAUUAUUAAAACCAGGAUUUAUUGGAACACCUCUGUAGCAUUUGUUAUUGGCUAGCUCUUUGAGUGUGCAAGAAGUAAAUUCUGGACAUUACUGCAUCCACUGGUUCCUACAACUUAUUAUUUGUAUUAAGUCUUUUUGAUAGCUGUGAUGUUUUGUGUGUACUCACCAGCCAGUUCUUGCAAGAACAUAAUGUUUUGAUAUUUCUAUUGUGUAUUUUGUAAAGUAUGCAAAGGUGGAAUAAAAUUUUGCCGUACUAAUUAAAAUGUAUACAAUGUAUACAUAGCAGUUAUGAGCAUCAUUGUGUAUGAAAUGCACGUAUUUUUUCCUUUAAAAUAAAAUAAAUAAUGUCA